AUGGAUAUGAUGGUAUCGACUUUACAACAACAGCGAGCUGUAACCGAACAGCUUAGAAGGGAAGCUGCUAUAAAGCGUAUCCCAGUUUCUGCCGCUGUAGCAGACAUUGUACGAUAUAUAAAUGAACAUGAACAAGAAGAUUGUCUACUCGUUGGCUUUUCAAGUCAAAAAGUGAACCCUUUCAGGGAGAAAAGUUCUUGCACUGUCCUA